AUGGCCGCUCCGCCACGGCUCGUCCCGGGAUCCUCCCUGCGCGGCUCCGCCUCCGCCGGGAACCCGGAUCGGGGCGGCGGAGCCGGCACCGCCCGGCACGGCCAGGAUCGGGAUCGGUCCCUGCGGCACCGCCCGGCGGGAUCGGGAUCGGAGUCGGCUCCUCCCGGCACCACGGACCAGCAGGCAGAAGCCCGCGCCUACCUCAGCGAGGAGAUGAUUGCGGAGUUCAAAGCCGCCUUCGACAUGUUUGAUGCUGAUGGCGGUGGAGAUAUCAGCACCAAGGAGUUGGGGACAGUGAUGAGGAUGCUGGGCCAGAACCCCACCAAAGAAGAGUUGGACGCCAUCAUUGAAGAGGUGGACGAGGAUGGCAGCGGUACCAUCGACUUUGAGGAGUUCUUGGUGAUGAUGGUGCGCCAGAUGAAAGAGGAUGCCAAGGGCAAAUCUGAGGAGGAGUUAGCCAACUGCUUCCGCAUCUUCGACCGGAAUGCUGAUGGGUUCAUCGACAUUGAGGAGCUGGGUGAGAUCCUGAGGGCCACCGGGGAGCCUGUCACCGACGAGGACAUAGAGGACAUGAUGAAGGACUCAGACAAGAACAAUGAUGGCCGCAUCGACUUUGAUGAGUUCCUGAAGAUGAUGGAGGGUGUGCAGUAAGGGACCAGACAUUCCUUGGGCCAGCUGCUGCACCCAGCCCUGCUCCCCACUGCCCAGGGAGCAGCAGCUCUGCAGCACCUGGCCCCCAGCAUUGGCUGAGACCCUGCUCUGUGCCAGGGCCUCGGUCUCAUCCCACUGCCGGCGGCUGAGCUUUUCCUCCCAUCUGUCACCUGUG